CCUGCAUGCAUCUCAGAAAGCUGUAGUCUUGAAUCUAUGACAGCAUGAAACUGGUUUAUAUGUCUUUAUUUGUCCUUUGGUCAGCUUUCAAUUCUGACACCAGCUCCUUCCUCAUCUACAAUGAGGACCACAACAAAUGCGUGUAUGCAGUGAAUGCUACUGUGAUACAGGCUGCACCGUGUAAUGUAUCAUCUAAGGCUCAGCAUUUCAGAUGGAUUUCCUCUUCACAAAUCAUCAGCCUCUCUUUUAAUCUCUGCUUGGGGUCAGAGAAGAUCAAAAACUGGGUCAAAAUAAUCCUUCUGCCCUGCAGUGAUUGCAGUCCAGCGCAAACCUGGGAGUGUAAGAAUGGGACCUUGUUUGGUUUGAAGGGACAUCCACUGCACCUGAACUAUGGAAAUUUUGGUGAGCCAAACGUGAUGUUGUUUUUUGGAACAGGUGUUUGGAGUCGCUGGCUGAUUUUUGGGACUAAAGGAAAUUUGUGUUCUUGUGGAUAUAAAGUCUUUGAUCAAGAGGAGGGAGUAUCUACAUUCUACAUCUGCUUUUCCUCCUUCGUUGCUGUGGGUCUCUUCAUCAUGACUGCAGCAGUGAUCGUGACCAACAUCAGGAGCAGAACUAAAGGUAACACCAACAUACAGGCGAAUGCAUAAAGAACCUUGCGGCUUUGUGAAGAAAGAAAAUAAAAACAAGAAGACAAGGCAAACCAUUAAAAAAUAAAUACAUAAAUUUCUGACCAUGAAUAUAAAUAAUAAUCACUUUUCAUUUUAUACUUUUAUUACA